AGUGAGAAGCUCUUUCCCCGCCUCGUUUUCUCUUCUUCCUCUCGCUCGUCCCAGUUGUGUGCAGCAGGGUCCGUCACACUCUGCAGCGGCAACAAUGCCGGCUGGUCAUGGGUUGCGAUCUCGCACGAGGGACCUGUUCUCCAGACCCUUCAGGCACAAGGGUUACAUCCCCUUGACCACCUACCUGCGUACCUUCAAGGUUGGCCAGUAUGUGGAUAUUAAGGUGAACGGUGCUGUCCACAAGGGUAUGCCUCACAAGUUCUACCACGGACGCACCGGCAUCGUCUGGAACGUCACCAAGCGCGCCGUUGGUGUCGUGAUGAACAAGCAGGUUGGAAACAGGAUCAUCCAGAAGCGUCUGCACGUUCGAAUUGAGCACGUGCAGCCCUCUCGUUGCAGGGAAGAGUUUCUCGAGCGCCGCAAGAGCAAUGACAUCAAGAAAGCUGAGGCUAAGGCUAGAGGCGAGACAGUUGACCUCAAGCGGCAGCCUGCUGGUCCCAGGGCUGGAUUCGUCCUUGACUCCUCCACCCUAGAGACCGUGACUCCCAUUCCUUACGAUGUCGUCAACGACCUCAAGGGAGGAUACUAAGUCUUGUCUCUUAGCUUUACUGUGGUCGAACGUGGUUGUAUCUCAACCUUUUGAAUACAUGGUUUCGACCAAGUUUCACUCCUCAAGCACGUCUAAAAGACAAUGUUAUCUGG